GCUUGGACUUAAGGACCAGCAGGAGAGAGAAAUCGUUCACGUUCUCAUGGAUUGCUGCCUUCAGGAGAAAACCUACAAUCCUUUCUAUGCGUUCUUGGCUACCAAACUUUGUGAAUAUGAAAGGAGAUUUCAGAUGACUUUCCAGUUCAGCGUGUGGGACAAGUACCGGGACUUAGAAAACCUGCCUGCUGCUCAGCUCUCUAAUUUGGUGCACCUGGUGGCCCACUUGUUGAAGACCAAGUCACUUCCACUUUCCAUCUUAAAGGUAGUUGAAUUCAGUGAAUUGGACAAACCCAGAGUCCACUUUUUACGAAAAGUGUUAAAUAUGCUGUUAAUGGAAACAGAAGUUGAAGAUCUUGGUUUAAUUUUUGCAAGAGUAUCUGAAAACCCUAAGUUGGGGAUGUUGCGGGAAGGUUUGAAGCUUUUCAUCAGCCACUUCUUACUAAAGAGCGCCCAGGCCCACAAGAGAGCUGAUGAGGCCAACAUUCUGCGAGAGAGAGCCAACCUUGCUACAAGAUCUCUGCAGGGAAAAGCUUCCCUGAGAAUGUAGUCGGGGAAAUGUCCUUUGUAAACCCAGAGGCCUAUUCUGUUGUCUACGUGGAAAAGCUUGGUGAAGCUAUAUCAUGGCCAGUUGUGUUUAAAAUAUUAUAUUUUGAGAUAAUUUUUUGGUCCAAGGUUAUAUUGUAGUUGUGUUUUAAACUAUUUUCAAAUAACUUUACAUGUAUGGGGGGGAGGGGCAGACACACCGGACAGAGUGUUCUCUAGUGGGGCUGCUGUGUGUGAUUGUCUUAAUUUUUUUCAUAGAUAAUAGGCCACUAGAGGGUGCAGUUACAAAGAAAUUGAUGUCUUUUUAUCUUUUUUUUAUUUUGGUUAAAAGUUCAAAAAUCAUUAGUUAGACAUGCUGCUUGGUGUUUACUUGGCUGCUCUGAAGUGCGGAGUGCGGCAGAGCUGAGGGGAAGCGGCCCUGUGAGUGUCCUCUACACACCGUGCAGUGGGACAGGUGUUUUUCCUCGCCACUCAGCUCACAUUUCAGCAGUGAAGGAGAUCCUUUACCAUUUUUAUAUCUCCUACUCUUCAAUUCCAAGUUGUAAAUGCACUUGCGUAAACAGCUCUGAAUUCACCAAAUAGAUGCUGGACACUAAUGGGUGCUGCUUGCUUGCUGGGUUCUAGGAGAUGUAAACGUGAGUGAAACAUAAUUACUACCUGCGACGGAUUAACAUUUACCUAGUGAGAGACAAACACACCCCGCUUUCUGAGUGCAGAGAACUGAUGGAUCCUGUGAGGAGACAGAAGUGCCCUUGAUACUCGGCAUCUCCACACAUGCACCAAUGUUUGUUGUUCUUCCAGCCCUUAAAAUGUGCCUCUCUCUCUCAAGUGCUACAGACUCGGUUUAAAUCUCACCUUCAGUGGUUGAAAGAGUUACUGAGAUGUGAGUAUACAACAGCCCUUUAGACAUUAAGUUGCAGAAACCCGUCUGCGGCAGAGCACUGUCCACUUUACAAUGGCCACUUCGGGCUCAGAGGCACAGGCUGGUGAUGUCACUGCUGUGCAGAACACUCUCUUGUACUUUCGAUCUCAACAUGGCCCUGUAGGAGCUUGUGCUUAGAAAUCACUGUGUGAAGUCAUACUUGUUCGGUCCUGUCCCUCAGCUAAUCGUUUAAACUUUGAAACGUGCAAGCAACAUGAAAAACUGCUAGGGCUAAGAAUAACCACAGAAACAGCACAGAGGCUGUCUGGCCUUUCACAUGCAUGUUAGCCCUACCUUCAGAAACAAGCUCAUGCAACCUGAGGCCAAAUUAAAACGCUGUGUCUUCUAGCAGGUUCUGAACUUAGACAACACAGCAGCAGCAGGUAUUAAGAGAGGAAUGCAAGAAGGGAAGCCUUCACUUUUAUAUUAAGGGCUUUUAACAAAAAAUGUCUUUGCUGGGUGGUGAUUAGUGCACAGCAGAGCAGGUCCACAGUGAGAUAAGGAGCUUGAGCCAGGAUAUCAGUGAACACUGCUUCCUUCCUCGAGAAAGUCUUUCUACGGAGGAAAAAAUGUCAGUUGGGCUAAACAGUGUGCUUAAUGACCUAGUCCGUUUACAUUCUGAUGCGAGCUGAUCUUGCAGACCAAGCAGUUCACAGACAGGCAGCCAGUGUAUGGACCACGUUUGAGUAGCACAAGUGUAACUGAUGUUAAUGAGAAUUAAUUGUGUGUGCAGCUGCUAAGAUUAGGAAAAGAUACCAGUGCAGUGGUGCCAUCUAACGUCACUAUGUCAUGUGUACAGUAAACCUCGUUUGAAGUAUAGAUGAGUUCAAGCUGGUUUUUCUGCAAAAGAUAAAUUUCUGUAAACCCAUUUUUAUAUCUUUUAUUAUUAAAACAAUAAAAAUGUC